GUUCUCUCCAAUCUCCAGGCAUUUUCCAACAAGUUCCAAUAAACAAACACGAAAAUGAGAACUUCCAAGUCGAGGAAGUCAAGUGAUGGACUCAAGUACCCUUUGUUUCCUCGUCCUCGUGCUUCUCCUCUGAAACCUGAAGAAUUCCGAUUCCUCCUCCAUUUCAGCAAAUCUGAAUCAAGGAGAAUUUUGUUUCCAUAAAUAGUUAUGUGCAGGAAUGAAUGUGUAGCAAUUCUGGGUAUGAAAUGAAGCUGAAAUUGUGCCGCUUGAGUUGCUUCUUCUCUCCUGAAUUGCGACCCACCACCACCAGGACCGUCGAGGAAGGAAACUUGAGGAUUUUCAGUCUGCACGAACUGAAACGGGCAACUCAAAACUUCUCUUCUGCAAACAAGGUUGGGGAAGGGGGCUUUGGCUCAGUUUACAAGGGUCGGCUCCAAGAUGGUUCAAUGGUGGCUGUGAAAGUUCUUUCGGUAGAGAUGGAAUCGAUGCGUGGGGAGAGAGAGUUCAUUUCUGAACUGGCCGCACUUUCCAACCUCAGACAUGACAACCUCGUCAUUCUCCACGGAUGUUGUGUAGAAGGGUCGGAUCGAUAUUUGGUCUAUGAGUAUAUGGAGAACAACAGUCUUGCACAUACAUUGCUCGACUUAGGCAACGACCAGAACAGGAUGAAAUUCAGCUGGGAAGCCAGGCGGCAUGUUUCAAUUGGGGUUGCUCGUGGGAUUGCUUAUCUUCACGAAGAGGUGAAGCCUCAUGUGUUGCACAGAGAUAUUAAAGCAAGCAAUAUACUACUGGAUGAUAAUUUUACACCCAAAGUUUCAGAUUUUGGCCUCUCUAGAAUUCUUAGAGACAACAGUUCCUACGUCAGUACAAGAGUUGCUGGAACUUUGGGUUAUCUUGCUCCGGAGUAUGCUGUCAGCGGCCACUUGACACGAAAAUCAGAUGUUUAUGGCUAUGGGGUUUUGCUCAUGGAGAUUAUAAGCGGCAGAUCAGUUGUGGAUUUUGAUAUUGAACUUGGAGAGCAUUACCUGGUUCAAAUGGCAUGGAGCACUUACAGAGCAAAGAAGCUUCUACAGAUAGUAGAUCCUGCUCUGAACAUGAACUAUUCAGAAGAAGAAGCUCUACGAUUCUUGAAAAUAAGCCUUCUGUGCGUGCAAGAAACCGCAAAGCGCCGGCCGAUGAUGUCAACAGUGGUUGAGAUGUUGAGGAAUGAAAUCGAAUUGGAAAGUUAUGAGAUAUCUGAACCUGGGCACCUCAGUGAUCUAAUGGGGAUUAGAUUGCACAAAAGGUACACAUCUCAGACUAGUUCUUCAAGGAGCACUACCACCACAAGCCUGCAAAGUACUGCACAUUUCUGACUUGUGAGUUUUUGUUAAAGCAAGUGUGGAAAUAGUGGACAGGUUUGUCCGGUUUCCUUAGGUCCUAACAAGAGGCAUACAAGUUAUAGAAAGAUGAUUGAUUUCUGUUUUCUCAGGAGCAUUCUGUUUUUCAGAUGUGUAAAACUGUGUCAUUUAUUAAAUAAAUAAAAUACUUCAAGCAGUAAAAACGCUUCCUUUGGC